AUGGCUUCGAAGUUUCUCCGAGAAUACAAGCUGGUCGUCGUCGGCGGUGGUGGUGUCGGAAAGUCCUGUUUGACAAUCCAAUUGAUCCAAAGUCACUUCGUGGAUGAAUAUGACCCGACAAUUGAAGAUUCAUACCGCAAGCAGUGCCACAUUGACGAUGAGGUGGCUUUGCUCGACGUCUUAGAUACCGCCGGCCAGGAGGAGUACUCGGCGAUGCGUGAACAAUACAUGAGAACCGGCGAGGGCUUCCUUCUCGUCUACUCGAUAACGUCGCGCCAAUCAUUCGAAGAAAUCAUGACCUUCCAACAACAGAUCCUACGAGUGAAGGACAAGGACUACUUCCCCAUCAUUGUGGUGGGCAACAAGUGCGAUCUGGAGAAGGAGCGAGCCGUGACCGAAGAAGAGGGUGAGGCUCUAGCAAAGCAGUUCGGCUGCAAGUUCAUCGAAACGUCCGCCAAGUCUCGCAUCAACGUCGAGAACGCCUUCUACGAUCUCGUGCGCGAGAUCCGCCGGUACAACAAGGAGAUGUCGUCGUACCCAUCUGGCGCGGGCCUGGGCUCGCGCGCCCCGGAAGGCAAGAUGGACGUCAGCGAGCCUGGUGACGACGCAGGCUGCUGUGGAAAAUGUAUUAUUAUGUAA